AGGUGCUGGUGGUGCUGGUGGUGGUGGGUAGUCCCCGCCCCUGCUCCGAGCUCAGAGAGCUGGAAGUGGAGCUUGAGACCCUGGCCUCCUCAAAGACAGUAGAGACUUGGGAGAGGUGGACCAUGUGGACCCUGGUGAGCUGGGUGGCCUUUGUGACAGGGCUGGUGGCUGGAACACAGUGCCCAGAUGGUCAGCUCUGCCCUGUGGCCUGUUGCCUGGACCCAGGAGGAGCCAGCUACAGCUGCUGCAAUCCCGUCCCGGACACGUGGCCCACAGCACUGAGCAGGCGUCUGGGCACACCCUGUCAGAUUGAUUCCCACUGCCUUCCUGGCUACUCCUGCAUCCUCACCGUCUCGGGGACCUCCAGCUGCUGCCCAUUCCCAGAGGCCGUGUCAUGCGGAGAUGGCCGCCAUUGCUGCCCACAGGGCUUCCACUGCAGUGCUGACGGGCGGUCCUGCUUCCAGAGAUCAGAUUCCAACCUCUUGGGUGCCGUCCAGUGCCCCGACAGACGGUAUGAAUGCCCCAACUCGUCCACGUGCUGCACUAUGCCUGAUGGCUCCUGGGGAUGCUGCCCCAUGCCCCAGGCUUCUUGCUGUGAAGACAAGGUGCACUGCUGCCCCCAUGGUACCUCCUGUGACCUGGCUCACGCCCGCUGCCUCACCACCACGGGGACCCACCCCCUGGCAAAGAAGAUUCCUGCACAAAAGUCUAAAAGGGCAGUGGUCUUGUGCCCUGAUGCACAGUCCCAGUGCCCCGACGAUUCUACCUGCUGCAAGCUUCCUAGUGGAAAGUAUGGCUGCUGCCCGAUGCCCAAUGCCAUCUGCUGCGCCGACCACCUGCACUGCUGCCCUCAAGGCACUGUGUGCGACCUGAUCCAGAGUAAGUGCCUCUCCAAGGAGAAUGCCACAGACCUCCUCACUAAGCUGCCUGCAGAUACAGUGCAGGAGGUGAAGUGUGACAUGGAGGUGAGCUGCCCAGAUGACUACACCUGCUGCCGCCUGCAGUCCGGGGCCUGGGGCUGCUGCCCUUUUGCCCAGGCCGUGUGCUGUGAGGACCACAUCCACUGCUGUCCGGCUGGGUUUAGGUGUGACACAGAGAAGGGUACCUGCGAACAGGGGGCCCACCGGGUGCCCUGGAUGGAGAAGUCCCCAGCCUACCUCAGCCUGCCAGACCCCCAAGCCAUGGAAAGUGAUGUCCCCUGUGAUAACAUCACCAGCUGUCCCUCCUCCAGUACCUGCUGUCGCUUCAUGUCUGGGGAGUGGGGCUGCUGCCCUGUCCCAGAGGCUGUCUGCUGCUCGGACCACCAGCACUGCUGCCCCCAGGGCUACACAUGUAUGGCUGAGGGGCACUGCAAGAGGAAGAACAAGAUUGUUACUGGGAUGGCCAAGAUGCCUGCCCACCAGGCUUUGAUGUCCCACCCCAAAGACAUGGGCUGUGACCAGCACACCAGCUGCCCAGUGGGGCAGACCUGCUGCCCAAGCCUGAGCGGGGGCUGGGCCUGCUGCCAGCUGCCCCACGCCGUGUGCUGUGAGGACCGCCAGCACUGCUGCCCUGCUGGCUACACCUGUAAUGUGAAGGCCCGAUCCUGUGAGAAGGAGGUGGACUCUGCCCACCCUGCUGCCCAGCUGACCCACAGCCCUCACGUGGGUGUGGGGAACGUAGAGUGUGGGGCGGGACACUUCUGCCAUGAUAACCAGACCUGCUGCCCAGACAGCCGAGGGGGCUGGGCCUGCUGUCCCUAUCGCCAGGGCACCUGUUGUUUGGACAAGCGUCACUGCUGUCCCGCUGGCUUCCGCUGUGGGGCCAAGGGCACCAAGUGUUUGCGCAGGAAAGCCCUGCGCUGGGACACUCCUCUGAGGGACGCGGCCCCCAGACAGCUGCUGUGAGGAGGGAUUGAGGACUGAAGACACUCUGCAGCCCUCGGGACCCUGCUCAGAGGGUGCCCACUGCUCAGGCCUCCCCAGCACCUCCCCCUGCCAAAUUCUCCCAGACCUUCCCUUCUGAGUCCCCUCAUCACCAUGGGAGAUGGGACCUCAAUCUAAGGCCCUCCCCAUGGGAAGGGGGGCUGUGGCAAAAGCCACAUUUCAAGCUGCCAUCCCCUCCCCCAAUUUCCAUGGACCCUGUGGCCAGGUGCUCUUCCUUAUCUACAGGUGUGCGUGUGUGUAUGUAGUGCUGCAGUAAAGUUUGUACACUUUCUUAA